UUGAAAUAAACUGUGUUAGUACUACUUGGUCUUUAGUUAUAUGCUUACUUAUAUAUAAUGACGAUUUGUAUUUCUGCAGAAGUUCUUCAGUUUGGGGCUUCGAUGUAUUCGGUGCAUGGCAACUGCCAGAGAGACAAAGAUUGAGACUAUUUUGAAAGAAAAUUUCCCGAACUCUAGGCUUGUGUCUGUUUCCGACGUGAGUGGUGGUUGUGGAGCUAUGUUCGAAAUAGUUAUUGAAGCAGAAGAGUUUGCAUCCUUGUCCGUUUUACAACAGCAUCGAGCUGUUAAAAAGGCCUUGAGGGAUGAAAUAAAGGACAUGCAUGGACUUACAAUCAAAACUAAGGCGUGAGAUGACUUGUCAGUCGUCUUAUCAUCUAUAGUUAAUAUUUACUUGUUCGAAAAUGUAGAAGUACUGAUUUCCUAUCUCAACAUAUAUUUGCAUUUGGCUAAGAAUGGUAUUCUCUUUGGAGCUGGGGACUUUCGUCUGUAAUAGUUAUUAUGAACGCCUCGAUCCAUGAGAAAUCAGACGAGGAGGGCAUCAUUUUUAACAACGCCUAUGAUAAAUGAGGAAAACAGAUGACCCUAAUGAGCACCACCUGAAAUUAUAAUUCUAGUGGUAGUUCACACGGUUGACUGAACCGAGCAGUAUAUUAAAGUAUAGAAAUGCAGCUAUGGCUGUGAGUUGAUGUAUACGUCUACAUUCAUAAACUGGCGAAGGGUAGAUAUUUGUUAACAUGCUAUGCCUCGUUUCCCAGUUAGUCGUUGGGUGGUUGUCCAAACUAUUAUUCUAAACACUGUUUUAUUCGACCUAAUUUCAGAGGACUUUGUCGUUUCUCAUAAGCUGAGACUAUCAGCGAUCGAGACCAGUUAGAUGGGAUUGCUUCAGUUCCCAUAUUCUCGCUAGAACUUAAGUCGAUUUAUUCUGAAACCUGACCUCCAUUCUUAAAGAUUUUAAGAACUAAUCUAUUCGAACCUACUCUCCCUAGUUUUAGAUUAUUCAUAACCUCCCCAACUUCUUUCAAUUCUGUGCCUUUUGGCUUUCCGGCUUCCCUUUUGUUACUUCUUGUGGUUAGCAUACUAAGGAUAAAGGAUCUGAAACGCCAGGAAAUAUAUCGAGUCAUUUUCAAAGCUUAUUAGUUCCAGAUAUUCCCCACAUGAUGUGUAAACUUCUGGUGCAAGUUAUCAUAAGAGCAUAUCGUUGAUGACAGUGUAGUUGUCAAGUCAAUUUCACUGAAAAUAUGAGUGAAUGUGAUCUAUAUUGCGAAGAGUCGUUGUGCUAAAAUCUCUAGAUUGUGACUAAAUUACCAUGUCAUUAUUGUCAUAUAUGGUUCUGCACUUCUCUUUCCAACUAUGUCUUUUAUGAGGUAUUUUUUAUUUCUAUGUAGAAUUAGACUGCUGUAAUCUACGUAUGAGUUGAUAAGUUGUAACGGAAGUUAUUACCUAGCUUUACAUUAGUCUUAUAGGAAUCCUUAUUUCAGCAUUGUUCGUCUGUUUAAUGUUUUCAGUUUAAUUUUCAAUCCAGUAUUGUCAUUCCAUAUUUUCAACCACUAACAUCUUAACCCCUUGAAGCUUGUAGUUGUGAUCUCUUUAAUCCGAAAUAAAAACUGGGAUCCAGUAUAGAGAGAACUCCAACUCUUGAUAAUCUGCUUAUCAAAGUUUCUUCUUUAAAUAUGAGUUGACUACUAUUGCCGUUAGAAGAUAGGCUAGCAAUGACUUGCGAUAGCGGUAUACCGACUACAGUACGUUGUGUUUUCAUAUUCUCCCUAACAAAACCGUCACGGUUUUACUCUUGUGA